ACAGAAACAAAUGCGUCGCUCGCCUCUGUUGCAAAAUUUAUGAGCGGAGAAGAAUUUACAUUUACAUAAAAAACUAAAGUUCAUAGCAGCGCCGUCGUCCUCGUUUGUAUCGUUUAAUCGCCGGCAGCUUCUCUCAUCGCCGCUUCCGUCGCCUUUCUAUUGCAGUCACUCUCGUUGUCGCUCUCUAUUCGUUUAGGUUUUGAUGAAUUGCUGAUUGGUGUACGUGUAAUGUGUUGAACAUUGUUGUUUAUGUGAGUGUUAAGUUGUGUGAGGUUGAGAAUUACGAACAUGGAUAUAGCUUGUAGUUUGCCACAGUCAAGGAUUUUACACGGAGGUGUGGAGACCAGUUACAAACAAAAAUUAGUAGGUCAAGUUGGUUGUUUUGACUUUAGAAGGAGAGGUUUUGGUUGUGGUUUUUUGAGCAAAAAUGUUUUGAGAUCGCGUUUUAGUGUGGAGAACAAAGUUGGUUGUGUUUCUGCUUGUUGGAAUGAUUCAAGAGUGGUUUCUGGUAGCGAGUUUAAGGUUUUGAACACGAAGAGAAAUAUGUCAUGUAAGAAUGAGAAACUUCUUAUGGGGUCUAGAGUAAUGUGGUUGAAGUGCCAGGGUAAUGAUUCUUUAGCUUAUGUUAAUGGCAAUGGCCGCAAUGUUGAUUAUGUCGAAGGUUCGGGUGAGGAUGCAGGGCUAGUACCUGUAUCUAGUGUUGAAUUGGAUGUUCCUGUGGAUGAAGAAGGAGGAAAAGCUGGGAGGGAAAUAGGUUUAGAGGAGCGAAGUGUAGAUGAAUUGAAAGAACUAUUGCAAAAGGCCUUGAAAGAGCUUGAAAUUGCCCAAAUAAAUAGUACUAUGUUUGAAGAAAAGGUUAAAAAGAUAUCAGAGACUGCCAUUUUUUUGCAUGAUGAAGCAGCCCGAUCUUGGAAUGAUGUUAAUUCUACCCUUGAAACAGUUCAAAAGAUCGCAAAUGAAGAACAUAUGGCCAAAGAUGCUGUCCAAAAUGCUACAAUGGCUCUUUCAUUAGCUGAGGCAAGACUUCAGGUAGCCAUAGAAUCUUUAGAAGCCGCAAAAGGAGUGCAUGAAGGUUCUGAUGAGAGUGAUGAUGAUAAGGACAUAACAGAAAAGGAGAACGUAGUUGUUGUUGCACAAGAAGAUAUAAAGGAAUGCCAGGAAAAUUUGACAAAUUGUGAGGUAGAGCUGAGGCGUUUGCAAAAUAAAAAGGAGGAGUUGCAGAAGGAAGUGAGCACAUUGCAAGAAGUUGCUGAAAAGGCACAGCUUGAUGCAGUGAAAGCUGAGGAGGAUGUUACAAACAUAAUGCUUUUAGCGGAGCAAGCUGUCGCUUUUGAACUUGAAGCUACGCAACGUGUGAAUGAUACUGAGAUUGCUUUACAGCGAGCUGAUAAGUCUGUUUCAAAUUCGAAUGCUGACAUUGAAGAAACUACACAAGUACAGGAUGUCGUGCCUGUUCCUGAGGAGAAAGUGGUACAAGGUUUUUCUGAUGAUGUCACCGUCGAUAGAGACAAAGAUUUGGCCACAGUUGAUGAUGCACCUUUGCCUGCCAAGUUAUCACCUGAAACACAAUCUGAAAAAACCAGCCAAAUUUCAGAAGACACAACACAGUCUGAUUAUAUAAGUGAUAAUGAGAAUGCCGUCCAAACAAAAAAGCAGGAAACACAGAAAGAUUUGACUAGAGACAGUUCACCAUUUGCUCCCAAAGCAUUAUCAAAAAAGUCAUCUCGAUUCUUUUCUGCAUCGUUCUUUUCGUUUACUGAAGAGGAGGCUGAGUCCACACCAGCAUCAGUUUUCCAGGGCUUCAUAUUAUCUGCGAAGAAGCAGUUGCCCAAGCUUGUUCUUGGGUUAUUGUUAAUGGGAGCAGGGGCAGCCGUCUAUGCCAAUAGGGCAGAGAAAAAUGCUCAGCUGCUUCAACCGGCAGAUGUUAUUGUGACCAGUGCUGAAGAAUUUUCCUCUAACGCAAAGCCCCUGUUUAGAAAACUCCAGAAAAUCCCCAAGAGAAUUAAGAAAAUCAUUGCGUCCUUACCUCAUCAAGAGGUGAAUGAGGAAGAAGCCUCCCUCUUUGACAUGCUCUGGUUAUUACUUGCAAGUGUUAUAUUUGUGCCAAUAUUUCAAAAAAUACCUGGAGGUAGUCCUGUUCUUGGCUACUUGGCUGCUGGUAUCUUGAUUGGGCCUUAUGGUCUCUCCAUCAUUCGUCAUGUUCAUGCGACAAAAGCAAUAGCCGAAUUUGGAGUUGUUUUCCUUUUAUUCAAUAUUGGCCUGGAGCUCUCCGUUGAAAGGCUUAGUUCUAUGAAGAAAUAUGUUUUUGGAUUAGGCUCUGCACAGGUUUUGGCAACUGCUGCAGUUGUUGGUUUGGUGGCUCAUUAUAUCUGUGGCCUACCUGGCCCUGCUGCUAUAGUCAUUGGGAAUGGCCUGGCUUUAUCAUCCACUGCUGUUGUUCUGCAGGUGUUGCAGGAAAGAGGUGAGAGCACAUCAAGGCACGGGAGAGCUACAUUUUCUGUUUUACUUUUUCAGGAUUUAGCUGUCGUAGUCUUGCUAAUACUCAUACCUCUUAUUUCACCUAAUUCUUCCAAAGGAGGGGUUGGUUUUCAAGCCAUUGCUGAAGCUCUUGGACUGGCAGCUGUUAAGGCAGCAGUUGCCAUUACUGCCAUAAUUGCAGGUGGACGAUUGCUCCUUCGGCCAAUAUACAAGCAAGUUGCAGAAAAUCAAAAUGCUGAAAUAUUCUCAGCCAAUACACUUCUUGUUAUUCUUGGAACCAGUCUUCUUACAGCCAGAGCAGGACUUUCCAUGGCACUGGGAGCAUUUUUGGCUGGUUUACUAUUGGCAGAAACUGAAUUUUCCUUACAGGUUGAGUCUGAUAUUGCUCCAUAUCGUGGGCUUCUUUUGGGGCUCUUCUUUAUGACGGUUGGAAUGUCAAUUGACCCUAAACUUCUUGUUUCAAACUUCCCAGUCGUCACGGGGACACUGGCACUCUUAAUAUGUGGCAAGACUAUCUUAGUUUCUUUGAUGGGUAGAAUCUUUGGGAUUUCAAUCAUUUCUGCUUUAAGAGCCGGUCUUCUUCUUGCUCCUGGUGGAGAAUUUGCAUUUGUGGCUUUUGGUGAAGCUGUUAAUCAGGGCAUAAUGUCUUCCCAGCUAUCCUCUUUGAUGUUUCUUGUUGUGGGAAUUUCAAUGGCCAUCACUCCAUGGCUAGCUGCUGGAGGCCAGCUGAUUGCUUCCCGUUUUGAGCAGCAUGAUGUUAGAAGUUUGUUACCUGUAGAAAGUGAGACAGAUGAUCUGCAAGAUCAUAUCAUUAUUUGUGGAUUUGGACGAGUUGGCCAGAUCAUUGCGCAACUUCUUUCUGAGCGACUUAUUCCAUUUGUUGCACUAGAUGUGAGAAGUGAUAGAGUGGCCGUUGGGCGAGCCCUGGAUCUCCCUGUGUACUUUGGAGAUGCUGGCAGUCGAGAGGUCCUACAUAAGAUUGGGGCUGAAAGGGCAUGUGCUGCAGCAAUAACUCUAGAUACACCUGGAGCAAAUUAUAGAACAGUUUGGGCUUUGAGCAAGUACUUCCCAAAUGUGAAGACCUUUGUUCGCGCCCAUGACGUUGAUCAUGGAUUGAAUUUAGAAAAGGCUGGAGCUACUGCGGUUGUCCCGGAGACCUUGGAACCUAGUCUUCAACUAGCAGCUGCUGUGCUUGCUCAGGCUAAACUUCCUGCAUCAGAGAUUGCAGCAACUGUCAAUGAAUUCAGAUGCCGACAUCUAGCUGAGCUUACGGAGCUGUGUGAAGCAAGUGGAAGUUCUCUUGGUUAUGGAUAUACUAGAAUUAUGAGCAAAUCCAAAUCUCAAUCCCCAGAUUCAUUAGAUUUAGAUGAGACCCAAGUCUCUGAAGGGACGCUGGCGAUAUGAAGAUUACCUCAUGUAUACGAAGUAGAAUGCAGAAGAAAAUAAAGGUUAGAGAAAAGGGAAAAAAUUUAUGAAAAAACAAAUUGUACAGCAGAUUGCAAGUUUCAUUAUGUACAGAUAUAUAGUUGGAUAGAUCGAGAUGCAAUAGUUUCAUCUCCUUGUCCUAUUUUCUCUUUUGCUGGAAAAUUUUGCCUCCAAUAUUUGUCAAAUUUCUGUUGAGGAUAAUCUAUGUUGCUGCGGACCUGCUGUUUUGCCUCCAAUAUUUGUCAAAUUUUUUGAAAGACAUGAUGUCACAUUUUUGUAAUUUUAUCCUUCUCCAACUUUA